CGUUCAAUGAGAAAUUUAAAAUAAUAGUAAGAAGAAUUCAUCAAAAGUUAGUCUAUUGUAACUAAACUAACCUCAAAAAUGUCUGAUGAAAUAGAUUUUACCAAAACAAUUAAAACCGAACCAUUCGAUGAUUAUCCUCAAGUGAAACAGGAAUUUGAUGAUUGUGAAAAUACAUCAGAUUUGUAUAUGGAUGAUGAUAUAUGUCUGCAGCAAUUUUUAAAAUCCGAGGUUACAAUUGACGAGGAAAUAAAACAAGAGACGAUUGAUGACCAACAUGAUGUGACUAGUACAAACAAAAUAGUUUUAGAUGAAAAUUCUUCUAUAUGUAACGACGAGAUCAGUGAAUCAAGUAAUUCAGUGGAUAACACGAACAAAUCAUUUGAAGAAGUUUCAGGAAAGCGUAAGACAACUAGUAAGUUGAAAUAUAAAUGUAAAUCAUGUAGUAAAACAUUUGUAGCAAAACAAGACUUACAACGACAUGAAAAGAUCCAUAAUAUAGAACUUUCUUAUGAGUGCAAAAUUUGCUAUAAAACAUUUUCACAGAUAAGUAAUUUAAGACGGCAUUUAUCAAUUCAUACUGGAGAACGUCCUUACGCAUGUGAAAUAUGUAAUAAAACAUUCAGAAUGAAACAAGGCUUGAAUCAACAUAAAUUUGUGCAUACUGGAGAAAGUUUUCAUAAGUGCGAAAUAUGCAAUAAAACAUUUUUACAGUUAAGUGAAUUAAAAACACAUUUAUUAGUUCAUACUGGAGAACGUCCUUAUGUUUGCGAAAUAUGUAAUAAAACAUUUAAUUUGAAACAAAGCUUAAACAAACAUGAAUUGAUUCACACUGGGAAACUGCCUCAUGAGUGCAAAAUAUGCAAUAAAAGAUUCUUACAGUCAGGUCAUUUAAGGCGGCAUUUAUCACUGCAUACUGGAGAACGACCUUAUGAAUGUAAGACAUGCAAUAAAACAUUUUCACAGUCAAGUCAUUUAAGACAGCAUUUAUCAGUUCAUACUGGAGAACGUCCUUAUGUAUGCGAAACAUGCAAUAAAACAUUCACAGCAAAAAAUAGCUUAAAACAACAUGAAAUGAUCCAUACUGGAGAACGGCCUUAUGAGUGCAAAAUAUGCAAUAAAAGAUUUACACUGAUAUUUAAUUUAAAAAAGCAUUCAUCAGUGCAUAGUGAAGAACGACCUUUUGAAUGUAAGACAUGCAAUAAAACAUUCAAAACAAAACCUAUAUUAAUGCGACAUGAAAGAGGACAUACUAGGAAACAAACUGUAAAAAAACAGUCCUUAUAA